AUGAGGUCUGUUUCUCUGAUCCUCUUUACGUACCUGAGUAGCACCUCUGCUGCACUCACCUCCUCCUCCAGCAGCGCUCCCGUCCCUUCCAUUCAGCUCCGAUCUGUCCCACCCUCCUCAAAGCCCAUAGUAAGCGUAGCCAACAACCAUGUCUCCAUCCGGAAGAGCGCCAAGGCCUUGCCCAAACACCAUGCGCUGCGCAGCAUACUGGGACUCGAUAAGAAUCACCUCAGAAGACGCCACAAUGGGGAGCCUGUGCCAACGGUUCAGUUAAUUGGGCAGUCUUAUAUAGCCGACGUGACUAUCGGCGACCAGAAAAUUCCAGUACUGAUUGACACUGGGUCAGCGGAUCUGUGGGUUGCACCGAGUAGCUUUGUCUGUCUCGAUGAGAACGGAAAUGAGGCCUCGCGGGCAACGUGUAACAUUCCGGUCUAUUUCAACGGGACCUUCAGUGGUGAAGCUGUUGAGGACGAAUAUUUCUCCAUUACCUACGCAAAUGGCCAGUACGUCUACGGAUCGUAUGGGUACGAGUCUGUCACACUGGGUGGGAUCGCAGUGGCCAAGCAACAAAUCGCACUGCCAUCCACUGGAUACUUCCAGGCUGCCUCGGGAGACUUUUCGGGCAUUAUGGGUCUCGGCUUCCCGGCCAUGACCGCAGCGAGAAAUGGCACAAAGGCGCACGAGACGCUGAACAACAAUGAUCCCAUUGCAUCAUACGACCCAUGGUUCACCAACGCCGUCAAGCAAAACCUGACACAGCCUGUCUUCAGUUUGGCAUUGGACAUCCACGGUGGCGGACUCUUGGCCCUUGGGGGCUCUGCAGAUGUGCCUACCAAGGGAGAUUAUGUCUCUACGCCGAUACUCAUGAUCAACCUCAAUGCGGAAGAGCGUGCGAAAGAUGAGUUUACGUACUACACGAUCAUCGCCGAGGACUACCUCAUCGCCGGCCAAAGCUUCGCGAACCUGACCUCAACGUCGAACAUAACCGCGGGCCAGGGCUUCCCGGUCAUCGUGGACAGCGGCUAUUCGACCAACAUUCUCCCUCCAUCGCUGAUCCGGGCCCUUCACAGCGCAUUCAAGAACCCGCCGGAGCUAAUUGAGAUGCAGGGCACGAGCUUGUUCGCCGCCCCUUGUGACGCUGAGGUGCCCUCAUUCGGUAUUCAGAUCGGCGGCCACGUCUUUGAGCAGACCGCCCAGGAGAUACUGGUUGCCAGCGCCAAUGCUACGGUGAAUGGCACUGCUUUCUGCGCUCUGGGCUCUCAGCCAGGUGUCGAACAGGCAGGCGCGCUUGGCAUCACGUUCCUAAGCAGCGUGAUUGCGGUCUUCGAUAUUGGUGCGUCUGAGAUGCGGUUCGUGCAGAGGGAUACAGCCAGGGAUGAGACUGGGGACGGAGAAAGCCGUACACCUGGGCCCAGUUCUUCCGGGAACAGCUCGUCUGGGGCAAACUCCUCUGUGGUGAUUGUCGCGCCUCCGGCCAGUUCUGGUCUUGGUGACACCAAUGCAGGAAACAGGCUGCUGCCACUGUGGGGUUUCAGAUUCUGA